AGCGCGCGAGGGCUGCCAACUGUAUGGAAACUGUAUUGCUAUUUACCGCCUGACUCUGCAGCAUUAGUUAUCAUUUGUGCUUAAAAAUUAGAGCAAUAAAUUGCAAUGUGCUAGCAGCGAAGCGCUGCGUUGUCUUAAGGGCCGCUAAUAGAAACGCGCUGCAUUUAGUUUAGCGUGUGUGCUAGUGUGUGUGUGUGCGUGUGUGUAGCGUGCGUACAGUUGAAUUUUUCAACAAGUUGCCAGCACAGCGCGCAGCGCACUCAAACAAAGUUAACAACACGCACACAUAUUCAUACAUACAUACAUAAACAAGAGCGCGGGCAGAGAGAAGAGGCAGAACAACAACAACAAUAAUAAAAAAUAAAAAACAACAACAAGAACACGGGGAGCAGGCAACGUUUUUAGUGAUGUCAUCAGAAAUCAGUGUCCAGACGCAGGCAACUUAACUUCAAACUGGCCAAACUGAAAAGGAAACGGAAAAAGACGCCAAACUGAAGAGCCUGUCGGAGAGCGUAACGGUGCUGCUGAAAAUCGCUAAAAUGGACAACAGCAUCGUCGAGGAGAAUGGUAAUUCGGCAUCCAGCGGCAAUGUGAACGAUGUUGAUGUCUCCGCAGCCGUUGCCGCGGCGGCUGCAGCGGCGGCAGCAACAGGCGCCCAACAGCAGCAACAACAACAACAGCAACAACAGUCACAGAACCAACAAAGUACAACGGCAACAAACAAUGCCAGCGGAACAGCCUCAGUGCUAACCACAACCGCCAAUUGCAAUAUACAAUAUCCGAUGCAGUCGCUAGCGCAGCACGGCCUGCAGGUACAAUCCGUGAUACAGGCGGCGAAUCAUUCAGGUGUUAUACAAACUGCCGCUGGAACACAACAACAACAACAACAACAGCAGCAGCAGCAGCAACAACAGCAGGCGCUGGCCGCCGCAGCGGCAAUGCACAAGGGCGGAGGUGGAGUGGUCUAUGUAACGAAGCCGGCGAAUACAACAGUUAUACACACGACUACCAGCAAUGCAGUCCAAGUGCGUAACAAAAUCCCUCCAAAUUUUCAAUGUAAGAUCAAACCUGAGCCGAAUACACAGCAUCCGGAGGAUAGCGACGAAAGCUUGUCGGAUGACGAUUCACAGCAUCAUCGCAGUAAUCUAACGCGUAGGCCAUCGUACAAUAAGAUCUUUACUGAAAUCAGUGGACCUGACAUAAGCGCGGGCGCAGCGCUGCAAAUGUCCGACGGCGGCGUGCCUUGUUCACAGCUGAGCAGCGGGGCGGGGGCGGGUGGUGGCGGCAUCGGCAAUUCAACCAGCAGUCCACUGCUACACAUGACGCCAGAUACGGCCUACUAUUUAUCCAAUCGGAUACCCUUCAAUACCAAUAACAGCGGCAUUGCGGAGGAUCAGACGCGUAAGCGUGAGAUACGAUUGCAGAAGAAUCGCGAGGCGGCGCGCGAGUGUCGGCGCAAAAAGAAGGAGUACAUCAAGUGCCUAGAGAAUCGUGUGGCGGUGCUAGAAAACCAAAACAAAGCGCUCAUCGAGGAGCUGAAGUCACUCAAGGAGCUCUACUGCCAAACCAAGAACGAAUGAAGCCAGCGGCAGCGACAGCAGACACGCUUGGCAUUGGCGGCGACGGCGGCGACAGCAGCAGCAGCAGCAGCAGCA